AUGGAGGAGGUUCAUCAACAAGAAGAUAAUAAUGGCCCAGGUCAUAAAGAAGAGUUAGCCAUCCAUUCAGAGUCAAUUGAAAUGCCUGAAGUUCAAGAUUCGUUGAAAGUGGACAUCGCCAAAGCAGAAGAAAUCGAGAAAAGAAAAGAAGUAUCAUUUCUAAAUUGGGAUUGUUUCAAAUCCAACGUACUUGCUCAUCUCUUGAUCUGGUGUAACUUGGCUUUGUUUUCAGUCUUCUUGAUUGUAAUACCCUACUCGAUGAAAAUUUGGCAUCCUCUAAUAUUUGCCUUUGUUCGAUGUUGUAUUAUUGUGCUAUCCUUACUCCCAUUAAUGCUACUCGUGGAUCGACACUUUACGUUCAGAAGUGAACAGUACAUCAUGAAACGAGCUCGAAGAUUCAGAAUCAAGCACAAGAAUAUUCAUGCAAGUCGCUAUUGGGGAUGGAUUUAUAGUGUCUUUUAUGAUGACAAGUCUGUAUUCGUUUCUUAUAUCUUAAGAAGAAUACCCAAUGCAAAGAAGGCAAAACAGUUGGCUGUGAGUGGAACUUUGGUGGUUCUGAAUCAAGUCUUGUUUGUUGCUGGACUCUAUUUAACCAAUUCCACCAUCACAGGUGUUAUUCAACCGGUGGUACCAGUCAUUGUUUGUUCCUUAUCCAUGAUGAUGGGAAAAGAAACCAAGUCUAUAUUCAAAUUUAUUGGAGUUCUUAUUGCAGUAGGUGGAGCAAUGCCCAUGCUGAUCGUUUCUGCUUUAAGCGUGAGUGAAUCCACCACAACACAACAAGAACCAGACACCUAUUCCAAUUCAUCUCCACAUGAAAGGCUACCUUAUUACUACUACAUCCUUUUAAAAGACACAACCAAAGGAAUUAAUUUUUCGUUUGUAUUAGGCCUCGUGAGUUUGUUUUUCAAUACUUUAAUUUAUGCAAUUUAUUUAGUUUAUCAGAGAGGACUGCUGGUUGCUGGAACUCCACCGACGACGGCGACGUUUUGGUCCUUCUUCUUUGGAUUAGUCACAUCAUUCCUUUGUGCCUCGUAUGCUUUCCUUCGUUUUCAUUAA